AUGGCCCGAAUCACAGACUUGUCCAACGAAAUCCUCCUUGAUAUAAUCUCCUAUCUCACCACAAGCGAUGACUCCAACGUUAGAACAUUAUCUCACCUUUGCCGUACGUCACGCAGUCUCUGUGGCGUUGCACAGCCAGCACUGUACAGCUGUGUCCGAAUAGUCGAGUCAGCAACGGAUCCUCUACUUCAUCUGAAGCUCUUCCUUUGGACCUUAAUAGAAUGUCCGUCGCUUGCUCAAAAGACUAAAGAAUUCGCUUUAUACAAUGACCGGGGAUUGCCUCGGUUGCCAAAUCUACAACACAUUCACUUCACAGCUCAAAUCGAAGCGCCACGGGCUUUGAUGCAUCGUAUCUAUGAGAUACAGGUUGAUCUUCCGAUCUUUUCCAAAUUGAAGACUUUUCAUUUGCAUAAACAGUACGAGGACGGCCCGCUCAAUAUAGAGGACUACAUGCCUCUUAUGCAGUUCCCCUUGUUCGAAAAAUUCUCUUCUGAGAGCGACGUGCCAAACACUCCAGAUGGAUCGUGCGCAGUCAAUACCUUGACACACAUGACCGCGGAAUUGUUUUGGUGUCUAGGACCAUUAUCUACAAUGAAAGCGCUACUGCAGACAUGUCCCCGUUUGACCGUGUUCAAACUCAUCAUACCCGACGGAACGCGUUACAGAUGGUUGUGGGAUGUGGGCUAUCAACCCUUGGUCACGCCACGGGAUCUUGUCAAGGCAUUGCUUCAAACGCACAGACAAAGACUGCAGACGCUCCACUUGGACUUUCAUGACCAUUACAAUCUCCGUGACCCAGAAAUUCUAGAAGAUAUAGAGCGUCUAGAAGACUGCGUUUACACAUACCCUUCAUUCCGCGACUUUCAGAGUCUCACACAUAUGGCCAUCGAGCUCGAAAAGCUCGUAAGAUUCCAAGAUCUCCCAAUGUCGUUAGAACAUCUGGACCUGAGCUAUUGUUAUUUCCCGGACCUGAAUCAGGCUUCUCUCUUUGAUCUAGUUCAGCUGAAGGGCAAGUGGUGCCCGGCCAUCAAAUCAGUCGUGGUGCGUGGCUGGGAGACGACCAGUGAGGGAAUUAAUGCAGUGCGAGAACACGCCACAUCUUUAGACAUCUCUGUGAAUGUUGCUGAAGAUGGACGUGUGCUGACCAUUCUGAGUGGAGGCUAUCAUCUGACAAUAAAGAGUCUUCUUAGUUGCUAG